CUUGGAUUCAUAAUCCUAAUUCACGGAUAUCUAUUGCGGAACUAAGUUAUAAACUUGAUGAAUUAGCUGACAAAUACCCACUUCCUCUCGAUACGCCACAACUUCUACAGAAUAAUGAAUUAGAUUUUGAAGGAAAUAAAGAUCAGGUUCCUUUGCUACCACCAAAGUCGGAAACAAGACAGACAAAUCAAGUUCCUAUUGAAUCUUUGUGCCCAAAAUUUGAUGAUGAUCCUGAAGAAAUUAUUGAGGAUGAUAUUAUA